AUGUCUCUGGUAAGCCAGAAUUCGCGCCGCCGGCGCCGCAGUGCAAAGGCUACUGCGCUGAACGGCAGCGGCAGGGAUGAAAUGCAGGCCCCCAACGCCCCCGAGCUCCCUCCCGCUAUGCCAGGCCCAGACGACCCCCAGGGCCUCUGCGACUCCGAGGGCUCCAGCACUUCGGAGCCGCCCACCCGCGGUGACGGCCCGGCCGCCUGUGUGCCGCCCCCCGCCCCCGCGGGCUCCAGCUCCUCGCCGCCGCAGCCCACCGUCUCGGCGGGGUCCAACACCUGCGGGCCGCCCACCCCCGGUGAGGGCCCAAGUGCCUCUGGGUCUCCUGUCACCUCUGAGGGGCUCCACAGUUCGGUGCCACUCACCGGGCCGGAGGGCUGCAGCGCCUGUGCACCACCGGCCCCCGGCGAGGGCCAGAGCACCUGCGUGCAGCCCGCGGACUCCGAGGGGUCCAUCUCGGCGCCGCCCUCCCCAGCCAAGGGCCCGCGCGCUCGGGCGCCGCCCACCGCCUCGGAGGGAUCCAGCCGCUCCGUGCCGCCCCCCGCCAGCGAGGGCACCAGCGCGGCGGGGCCGCCCACCUUGGCUAAGGACCCCAGCGCCUCGGGGGAGCCCAGCGCCUCGGAGGGACUUGGCACCUCCGUGCCAGCCAUCCCUGGUGGGGGCCGGAGUCGCUCGGUGCCGCCCACUCCUGCAGAGGGCUCCAGCCGCUGGGUGCAGCCCACCAUCUCCAAGGGACGCGGCGCUUCUGUGCUACCCACUUCUGAUAAGGGCAGGAGCACCACUUCGGGGCAGCCCAGCGCCUCGGAGGGCCUCAACGUGCCGCCCAUGCAUGGCGGGGGCCCGAGCCGCUCGGUGCAGCCCACCACCUCCAAGGCACGCAGUGCUUCUGUGCUGGCAGACCCCUGCGAGGGUCCGAGCACUUCGGGGCAGCUCAGAGCCUCCAAGGGGUGUGGCACUUCCAUGUUGCCCGACCCCUGCGAGGGUCCAAGCACCUCUCGGUUGCCCAUGGCCUCUGAAGAGCCUGCUGCACUGCUGAGUCCUAGUGCCUCCGUGGGCCGGAACCUCUGCAAGUGCUCCGUUGCUGUGCCAAACCGUAAGGUGGUCAGGGCUUCUGCUGACUAUGAGGGUCCCAAGGGUGCAGCAGGCCCCAUGGAAUUCCAGGUCCUGAGAGACUGUGAGAGUUCCAACUGCAUAACCAUUAUGGGCCUGGGCACUUCGCCUGUUGUCCUAACGCUGAAACCCCAGGAUCCCAUGGAGCAGAAUGUAGCUGAGCUGCUACAAUUCCUGCUGGUGAAAGAUCAGAGCAAGUACCCUAUCAGGGAGUCUGAGAUGCGAGAAUAUAUUGAUAAGGAAUAUCGCAGCCAGUUCUCUGAGAUUCUCAGAAGAGCUGCGGCCCACCUGGAGUGCAUUUUUAGGUUUGAAUUGAAGGAGCUUGACCCUGAGCAGCGCACCUACAUUCUGCUCAACAAAUUGGGCCCUGUGCCCUUUGAAGGCUUAGAAGAGAUCCCCAAUGGGCCUAAGAUGGGGCUCCUGAUGAUGAUUCUUGGACAAAUAUUUUUAAAUGGCAACCAGGCCAGAGAGGCUGAGAUUUGGGAGAUGCUCUGGAGGAUGGGGGUACAGCGAGAGAGGAGGCUUUCUGUUUUUGGGAACCCCAAGAGACUUCUGUCUAUAGAGUUUGUGUGGCAGCGCUACCUGGACUAUAGGCCGAUAAGCAACCAUGAACAGGUAGAAUAUGAAUUUUUCUGGGGCCCACGAUCCCACCUAGAAACCAGCAAGAUGAAAAUCCUCAAGUUCAUGGCCAGGAUCUACAAUAAGGAUCCCAUGGACUGGCCAGAGCAAUACAACGAGGCUCUGGAGGAAGAAGCUAUUCGAGCGGCUGCUGAGGAAUGGCAGGCUUUCCCUCAAUUUAGGAGGCCCUACUUCGAGGAAAUUCCUGCAGAGGUACCAAACCCUGAUUUAGAUGUUUCUGCCUAUCCCUCAAAAUACCCCCCGCAUUCGUGGCCUGAAUCAAGAAUGGAAAGCAAGUCCAGGAAGCUGGUGCAACUGUUUCUGCUUAUGGAUUCCACGAAGCUGCCCAUACCAAAGAAGGGAAUUCUGUACUACAUUGGCCGAGAGUGCAGCAAGGUGUUCCCUGACCUCCUGAAUCGUGCUGCUCGCACCCUAAACCAUGUCUAUGGGACAGAAUUAGUGGUGCUUGAUCCUAGAAACCACUCCUAUACGCUCUACAACCGAAGGGAAAUGGAAGACACGGAAGAGAUCGUCGACAGUCCAAACAGGCCUGGCAACAACUUCCUGAUGCAGGUUCUAAGCUUCAUCUUUAUUAUGGGCAACCACGCCAAGGAGUCUGCAGUCUGGGCCUUCCUGCGGGGCCUAGGGGUUCAGUCUGGGAGAAAGCAUGUGAUUACCUGCAGGUAUCUGAGUCAGCGCUACAUAGACAGUUUGCGGGUUCCUGACAGCGACCCAGUGCAGUAUGAGUUUGUGUGGGGUCCUAGAGCCCGCCUGGAAACCUCCAAGAUGAAAGCUCUGCGGUAUGUGGCCAGAAUCCACAGGAAGGAGCCCCAGGACUGGCCGCAGCAGUACAGGGAGGCAAUCGAAGAUGAAGCUAACAGAGCUGAUGCAGGGCGCAGGCAAUUCUUUGUUCACAACUUCAGAUAGAGGAAUGUGUAGCCCUCAGAGGGGCCUUGCAAGGCAGGCCCUGAGAGCCCCGAGUCUCAUGUGUUGGGGGGGGAUGUGUGUGUGUGUGUGUUACAUAAUGUAUUUGGUAUUUGUGUUCCAGGUCAACUUACGUCUUUUCAAGUUUUGUUCCUGUUUGGUACCCUGAAAAGUUUCAAUCAUUUUAAUAUAUUGUCCAGUAAUGUAAAUGUGACUGACCAGUUGGUAUCUCUGUUGUAUUUUGGUAUAAGAGUUUUGAUGGCAUUACAAAAUGUUUUGGGAAUCUUUCCAUCUUGUUGCAUUAUCUGGAUGAGGAUAUAUAGCAAAUAGCUAGAAAUAUAAGCUUUUCUUGGAAGUUUGAACACAUUCAUCAGUAAAGUAGCAUAACUUCAGGUGUUAAACAAAUAUAAUAACAAAAGAAAAAGCACUCUAGGUUGUGGCUGGCCUUCCUUUCUGUCUGCUAUUGUGUAAGAAUACUGAUGUUUACCUGUAUUUGCUUUGCUGUGCUGAAAUGUAAUGACAAAUAAAAGGUUAAAAA